AUGUCCAUCGAAGGCCUCGAGAACGGCCAUCAUGACUUCGACCCAAACCCUUCGAAUUCGGCUAGACCUUUUACUGGGGUUGCAGCCAGCGAAAGUGGCAGACUUGCCUUCCAUUUUCUGACAUUAUCAAUCGGAAUAGUGGCGGGGGACAGUGAACGUUUAUGUCCGAUGACCGCUACAGAUGCCUACAUGAGGCAUCCCACCAAGAUCUCUUCCACCGCGAGCCUGUAUGACAGUUUAUAUGAUGCUUCCAAAGCCGCCUACCCCAAGAUGACGCGUAACAAAAUGGCUUCUUACAUCGCUGUUGAGUGCGAUAAUCAUCUUUCGGUGAGUCAUCUAAGCCUGGGAACGUUACUGGCAUAUACCAUAUACGAGCCAUCACGACAUCCAGACUGCCAGCGGGCGCUCCAGCAAGAGCUCCAGACUCUGGCCGAACCUAGCGAUCAGAGCCUGGCUCAUCGCCUUGCGGAUUUACCCGUGCUUGAUGCUGUCGUUACCGAGACCAUGCGGACCCGGGCACCCUGUCCUGGCCCGUUUCCUCGUGUCAUUGCCGAACUCUGGCUGCCGGCUUGCCGGGAAAUUCGAUGUCCCCGGCGGCACCAUCGUCAGCUCCUCUGCCUGGGCCCUUCACUUCAACCCGGUACCCUUUUCAUCCCCGGAGGAAUGACACUGAGGUACAUAGCUCAAGGCAGACGACAACACAGUCAUGGAGAUGCGGAAGUGGGUUUGGACCUUUGGAAGCGGCGCGCGGUCAUAAAAGAGCUGCUUGCAACAGUCUAUACGGCUUACGAGACUUACCUGGAUGAUGGAUUUACAGGAAAUGUGGAACAAGUGGAUGCUUUUUCUGCGGGUCCUAUUGCAGGUGGUUUGCAGCUGAAAUUCCGAGUGCUCACAUAG